AUGGCGUCCCCAGAGCAGGUUCGCACACCUGUUAACCCGGUUUCGGACCCCGCGACAACAACCGACACAUCGACGGCCGCGUCUAUACUCCGCGACAUCCUCAUCUGGUAUCCGGGAACCCUCUUGAUCGUCUUCUUCAUCUCCGGCGUCGCCUACAGCAUAUUGACUGCCAAAAGAGAGGACGAAAUUGUUGAGCCAGGCGUCCGCGGUCCAGGUGGCAAACCUCUCCCCGCCACGAAGAAGAGGAAAAGAAACAGUGAUGGCAACAGUAACCAUUGGGGUCCCGACCCGUCUCCUGCCUUCAAAAAGGUCUUCGCAUGGCUGUCUCUGGCCAUGUUUCUCGUCUUUUUCGCCAAUGGCAUCGCCCACUUCGUCCACGUAGUCGAGGUCUGGCCGGCACAACGAGACGGCCAAGUUGUCUGGCGCGAGACGGAAGAAAUGAGCGUGUUCCUGAUCGGCGCGACCAAUUUCUAUCUAUACCUUUUUGUCACGAUCCUCGAAUGGCACCACAGCCCGUCACUUGUACACUUCAUUACCUGGACGCUUGCCUUUGCUGGCGAGCUGACCAUCACAACCUGCGCUCUCGCCAUAUUCGAAAAGCGCCGCGACACCCACGGCACCGCUGCGUUACGACCUCUCGACAACUUCGACAGCAAGUCGGACAAGUGGGAUCUGAUCGACAUCGUCCUGGCCAUCGUGCGACUCGUUCUUGCCUUCUGCCUCGUCAGCACGUACACCGCGUUAUGGAUCCGCAAAGCCUGGAACAACAGGGACAAAUAUGAUCGGGAUGCGGAACGGUUGGGUGCGGAAGAAGUCACACCACUUCUCAACGGUACGCGGACGACCUACCGCACCCAGAACGGCCGCGAGGUUCAUACACGCGAGGCGAACGGCCGGAGCAUCCGUGGCCGGAAUGGUAGUGCUACGGCCAGCACCAACGGCGUCGUCGGGGCCAUCAGCCUAGUCAAGGACGAGUCAGCCGCGUUCUACCGACCCGAGAAGAUGCCGCACAAGACGUGGUGGGAGUAUCUAAGGGGCUAUGGCGUAUUCUUCCCUUACCUCUGGCCCCGAGACUCGUGGCGGCUGCAGCUCAUCUUCGCUAUCUGCACUCUUCUGCUGCUCGCGCAGCGCUGGGUGAACCUCCUGGUGCCGCUCCAGAUCGGACAUCUCACCGAUGCCCUCUCCGAGGGCGAGGACCCAUGGAAAGCGCUGAUCUUGUUUAUCAUUUACAAGCUACUACAAGGACCUUCGAUGCUCCUGGGCGCCGUGCGGUCCAUACUCUGGGUACCCAUCUCCCAGUACUCGUAUCGAGCUUUGACGACCUCGGCGUUCGAGCACGUUCAUUCGCUGAGUCUGGACUUCCACCUUGGCAAGCGCACCGGCGAGGUGCUGUCGGCACUCAACAAAGGUGCCUCGAUCAACCAAUUCCUCGAGCAAGUUACGUUUCAAGUUUUGCCCAUGCUCAUUGACUUGGGGGUGGCCGUCUUCUUCUUUUAUGUCCGAUUCGACGCAACGUACGCGGUUAUCGUCAGCUGCAUCUCCUUCUGGUACCUUUAUCUCACCAUACGCAUGGCGCAAACCCGUGCCGAUCAACGCAGGGCCAUGACGAACGCCGACCGGGAGGAGGAGGCUGUGAAAAAUGACUCGAUCACAAGCUAUGAGACGGUCAAGUACUUCAACGCCGAGGACUGGGAGUUCAGGCGUUAUCGCAACGCCAUUCGGGUCUUCCAGGAGGCUGAGGCGCAGGUCACAUGGGGCAUGAACAAGAUGAACGUCAUCCAGGCGCUCGUCUUCAUGGCUGGCAUGACUGUUGUUCUGCUUUUUGGCUCCUAUCAAGUCACAAACGAACACCGAACUGUCGGCGACUUUGUCAUGCUUCUCACUUACCUCAAUCAGCUCCAGGGCCCUCUCAACUUCUUCAGCAGCUUCUACCGUACCAUUCAACAGGCAAUGAUCUCGGGUGAGAGGCUGCUGGAACUGUUCAAGAUCGAGCCCACCGUUGUGGACUCCGAUACAGCGAAGCCAUUGACUGAGUGUCAAGGGCACAUCCGUUGGAACAAUGUUGCGUUCGCCUACGACCCACGCCAGCCUGCUCUCAAGGAACUCGAUUUCGAGUGCACGCCAGGGACGACGACUGCGUUUGUUGGCGAAUCCGGAGGCGGCAAGUCGACCGUGUUUCGGUUAAUGUUCCGCUAUUACAACACGACAAGCGGUAGCAUUGAGAUUGACGGACAGGAUGUGAAAGAUUUGACAAUCGACUCCGUGCGGCGCUACAUAGGCGUGGUGCCACAGGACACGACCCUGUUCAACGAGAGUUUGAUGUACAAUCUCAAGUAUGCCAACCCGAGCGUCACUGAGGAAGAUGUGUACGAGGCUUGCCGCGCAGCAAGUAUUCAUGACCGGAUCCAGUCUUUCCCUGACGGCUACAACACAAAGGUUGGCGACCGAGGACUGCGAUUGAGUGGAGGCGAGCGACAGCGUGUGGCCAUCGCGCGCACCAUCUUGAAGAAUCCCAAGAUCAUCAUGCUCGAUGAAGCCACAUCGGCACUUGAUGCCCACACAGAGCAAGAAAUUCAGGACAAGCUCGGCAAUCUCGGUCACGGCCGCACUCUUCUCAUCAUUGCCCAUCGCCUAUCUACCAUCACGCAUGCAGACCAGAUUAUUGUUCUCAACAACGGAAAGAUUGUUGAAAAGGGCACACAUGAGCAGCUUGUCAAUGCCAAGGGCCGCUAUGCCUCCAUGUGGGAGAAGCAAGUGCAGGCUGAGCGUGCCGCCGAGAAGGCGCGUGCCGCCAGCCGCAAGGCCCACAAACUCAUGCGUAAAGCCAACAUUGUCAGCAAGGGCCGUACAGAUGGAACGUCGGACGGGUACAACAGCCUCUCGUCUUCGACAAUCCUCCCUGGAGCAACCGACCAGAACUCCAAAGCCACUGCACCACGUGGGGACACGUCGAGCUCAUCCACAAGUUCCGACGCUGAUUCUACACAUAACUAUCACGAUGAAACGGAGCGGUAG